GGUUACCAGCACAAUCAGUCAACCACACAACAUGAGGGCAGCAGUCGUGGUCCUCUGCCUCGCUAUCGCUCAGCUCUCCUCCGCCAGGGUCCUCCGCACCCACUGGCCCCACAUCGACACCUUCACGCUGGAGGAGCAGGCUAAGAUCCACCAAUACGAGCGGGACAUCCAGCAAAUCCUCGCCGAGAAGACCAAGGACAGCUCCAGCGUCAGCCAUGAAACCAGCAGCAAGCACUCCUCGUCCGAGUCCCACGAGCACAAGCAGUCCAGCGAGGAUCUGAUCACCCUCCAGACGCUGACCACCAGCCACGAAACCAAAGACCAGGAGCGCAUCUUCAACGAAGCCCUCACCAUAAUGCGCCACGUCAGCGAGGAGGACAAGAAGAAGAUCCAGGAGGCCUUCGCCGCCGCCAAGAAGGACGCCGAGACCAAGAAUGCCACCGAGAUGAUCCAGGAGCACGGGUACGCCUUCGAGAAGCACGAGGUCAAGACCGCCGACGGGUACUUCAUCACCCUCUUCCGGAUCCUUCCCAAGAAGGACAUCCGCGAGGUCGGCCAGCGCCCCGUCGCCCUGCUCGUCCACGGCCUACUCGGCAGCGCCGAUGACUGGCUCCUCAUGGGUCCCGGCAAGUCCCUCGCCUACCAGAUGGUCGACGCCGGGCUCGACGUGUGGCUCGGCAACGUCCGCGGCAGCCGCUACUCCCGCCGCCACGCCGCCAAGCACCCCGCCCAGCCCGACUUCUGGCAGUUCGCCGUCGACGAGAUCGCCGCCCACGACCUGCCCGCCAUGAUCGACUACACGCUCGAGCACACCCAGCAGGAGAAGCUCUUCUACGUCGGCCACUCGCUCGGCGCGACCGCGUUCCUCGCGAUGGCGUCCACGCACCCCGAAUACAAAGACAAGGUGGCGAUGAUGUACGCGCUCGCUCCAAUGGUGUACAUGACGUACGUGCGCAGCCCCCUGCUCCGCAUGCUGGCCCCCACCAGCCGCUACUACGAGGCCGUCACCCACAAGCUCGGCCGCGGGGAGUUCGCGCCCGAGAUGGACUUCAUCCGGAGGAUCGGCGGCGAGAUGACCGAAGAUGUCAUCGGCAGCGAGCGCGUGAGUUCCAACCUGAAGUUCGUCGUGUCCGGCGUCGACACCGCCGGCAUGGAUUGGGAGAUGAUGCCGAUCAUCGCCAAGCACCUGCCCGCUGGCGCCUCCACUCGCCAGAUCAAGCAGUUCGGCCAGGCCAAAGCCGCCGGACAACUGAGGAAGUACGACUACGGGUCGGAGGUGAACAUGAAGGUGUACGGCCAGCAGGAGCCGCCAAAAUACAACAUGACGGACGUCCAGGUGCCCGUGGCCAUCUACUACAGCGAGGAGGACCUGCUGGCGCACCCCACGGACGUGGAGAGGCUGCACAGCGAGCUGCCGGACGUCAGGGACUUCUACAAGGUCCCCGAGCAGCACUUCAGCCACAUGGACUUCCAGUUCGCGAAGACCACGCCCGUCACCAUCAACCAAAGACUGAUCGACUCUAUCAAACAGAUGUACGUCUAGAUGUUUCUCUAUAUUAAUAUUAUCGUGCGCUUAAACUA